CCAUGGCCGAUCUCAAAGCAGAGGGAACGAAUUAGCAGAAAAGACUGGACUAGAUUUCGGUACUUCUUCUGAAGCCAUUAAUCAAGCUUUGUGGAAAUUCUUGUUUGGAAAUUUUCAAGUUUUCAGAAGAAUUGGAACCUGUUUUAGUACACAUAAUCAAGAAAUUUUUGAGCAAGAGGAAGAGAAAAAGACCCAAGUUCGGGUUUGUUUUUGGUUUUGGGAACCGAAAUUAAGCGGGUUUUGGGUUUUUAUGAUAUAGUUUGGUUUUGCAGAUUGUGAUUUUUUUGGAUUAUUUGAAAGAAGUUUAUGAUCAAGGGAGGCCCAAGAUUGAAUUUUGGUUUUUUGGUUUGGAAACGUAGAAGAUUCUGAGUGGUUUCAACUAGGUUCAUGAUUUUUUUGACGGAAUAGAUUGGGAUUAAAGAUUGAACAAUGUCAAUGAACAAUAACAAUCAGGUCAAGAAUGUUGGGGCCCCACCACAUUUUGGUAAUUCAGGGAUGGUUCCACAAUCUAUGCCUUUGAAUCACCAGCCCCAUCUUCUUUCUCAAGCACAACCUCAAACACAAAGUGGGUCUCAUUUUCCCGGCCAUUUUCAGUUGUCCGAGCCUCAAGCGCAGGCGCUUGCUCAGUCUCAGUUUGUGAACGCCCACGCACAAGCGCAGGCUCAUGCAGCGCACACCCAAUUCCAAUCUCAGUUGCAGGCUCAAGCGCAGUCGCUCGCCCAUUUGCACAGUGCCAACGCUGGUAAUGCUGGUGUGUCAUCACCUCCUGUGGCGACGCCGGGCACGGGAAGUACCAAGAGAGCUAACCAGAAACCACCUUCUCGGCCACCAAGUUCAUCCAAUGCCAAUACGAGUUUGCCGUUUAAGACCAUGGAGCUGACCCCGGCUGCUCGUAGAAAGAAGCGUAAACUACCUGAUAAACAGAUACCGGAUAAGAUUGCAUCACUUUUGCCUGAAUCUGCCCUUUAUACUCAGUUGCUUGAAUUUGAGGCCCGUAUUGAUACUGCUUUGGCGAGGAAGAAGAUUGCCAUCCAGGAGUCCUUUAAAAUCUCUCCCCGUUUCCAGAAAACGCUAAGGAUUUACGUAUUCAACACCUUUGCAAAUCAGACACAAAAUACAUCCGAAAACAAGAAUGCAGAACCCCCUACUUGGUCGCUUAAGAUAGUUGGGAGGCUCUUGGAAGACGGAAAAGAUCCUCUGGUUUCUGGAAUGACACCUAAGUAUAGCACCAAGUUCUCAUCUUUUUUCAAGAAAAUUACUAUAUACUUGGACCAAAAUCUUUAUCCAGAUAACCAUGUGAUUCUGUGGGAAAGUUCUCGUUCACCAGUUCUUCAUGACGGCUUUGAGGCGAAGCGAAAAGGGGAUAAAGAGUUUUCUGCAAUGAUAAGGCUGGAAAUGAAUUAUGUGCCAGAAAAAUUUAAACUUUCCCAAGCGCUGAGUGAAGUUCUUGGAAUCGAGGCAGAUACCAGCACUAGAGUCAUAGCUGCGAUUUGGCACUAUGUUAAAGCUAGGAAGUUGCAGAUCCCUAGUGACCCUACUUCUUUCAUGUGUGAUCCUCCUCUUCAGAAAGUUUUUGGGGAAGAGAAAAUGAAAUUUACCAUGGUUUCAGGCAAGUUAGCACAGCAUUUAAGUCCGCCGCAGCCUAUACAUCUGGAGCAUAAAAUUAAGCUUUCAGGAAACUGUCCAGCGGGAACUACCUGCUAUGAUGUUCUGGUUGAUGUGCCUCUUCCUCUGGAGAAGGAAAUGUCUUCAUUCUUGGGAAAUACCGAUAAGAAUAAGGAAAUUGAUGCUUGUGACGAAUUGAUUGCUACAUCAAUUAAGAGGAUCCAUGAACACCGGAGACGGCGGGCUUUCUUUCUUGGUUUUAGUCAGUCUCCGGCGGAGUUUAUUAAUACGUUGAUUGCUUCUCAGAGUAAAGACUUGAAGCUUGUUGCUGGAGACGCUAGUAGAAACACAGAAAAGGAGCGCCGUUCUGAUUUCUAUAAUCAACCAUGGGUUGAAGAUGCCGUAAUUCGUUACCUGAACAGAAAAACUGCUGGAAGUGAUGCUCCUGGGAGCACUUGAAUGAAGGGAUUAUUGAAUUGUCAGUAGCUGACAGGCUUGUAGGGUUGUACUCCAUCAUUAACAUCCUUUUUGUUUGGUUUCUUCUUGGUACCUUUCCCAUCUUGAUUUCAGCAUUAUAAGCUCCUCUUUUUUUGUUUUUUUUGGAACAUAUGCGUCUGGUUGGUAGAUUCGUACCAUGAUUUGAAUUAUGAUUCGUGGUUCGUUACAGUAUUUUUUCUCAUAAAAAACACACAUAAAUCGAGAAUGAUUCUGAAUCUAUAAACCAAACGUUUAGUCAUCAGGAGAGGAAAAGAGAUACAUAUUUCUGACUUUUGCUUAGUUCUAGUUAGAUUUAUUGAUUUAAUAGACAAAAUCAU